AUGGGCGUGGCCCGGUGCUGCUGCUGCCUGUGCUGCCCCUGCUGCUUUCUGCUGGGCUGGCGUCGUGUUUUGGCGCUGCUGGGCGCUGUCUUGGCGCUCGGCCUGGCUCUGCUGCUGGGCCCAGUACCUUUGGACCUGGCAGAUGAGGCGGCGGACCUGUGCGAGGCUGCGGCGUGGUUCAUGGACACCCGGGAGUCCUACACUUACUCCACGGAGGAGAACCUGAACGCCUGGGCGCAGGUCUGUCCCGAGGCCUUCCGGGCGUUGCCGCCUGCGGCGCAGCAGGUGCUGCGGAGCCUGCGGGCGGAGGGCAAACAUCGGCGGGAGGAGGUGCUGCGGGACAAAGGCCUUGAAGAAAAGAACGCCCACUGGCCGGCGAUCUUCAGACUCUCCGUGGAGAACGGCACCUUGGCGGAGGACGCCUCGCUGCCGCACAUGGUGCCGCUGAAAGAGAUCCCCCAAGCCUUCGCGGCGGGCAAGGUAGUGCGCUUCAACGCGAGCGAGUUGCUGCCGCCGCACAUGUUCAACAGCAGCCUUGCGGAGAUCCGGAAGAUGCACACUGAAGAGAACAUGCAGGAGACGUUGGUCUACGGCUCGCUGGGCGGCGGCAGCUUCUGCCGGAUCCUGGCGCUGUGGCCGGUGACCAAGGCCUACCGCGCCUUCGGGCGCACGCAGCUCUUCGAGGCCUUCCGGAGGCUCAUGGUCGCAGUGCAGAGGAUCUGCCCCCUGAAGCCGAUCCCCUUCUACCUGGAGGAUCUCCAGCGCUUGAAGCCCUUGGGGCCCAGCAACAUCAACAUGAAGCGCCUCGCCAACUUCGACGGCCGGCUUCAGGUGCCGGAGAAGUUAGGGCUCACCGGCGUGGAGGGCAUGCUGAGCAUGCUCUGGCUGGGGGUGAGCCCCUUCCCCCCCACCUUCUCCCUGCACACUGACGUGCAGGACAAUGUGCUGAUGGAGCUGGUCUCAGAGACCAACGUCUACAUCUUGCCGCGGGAUCUGUGCUGGGACAGUCGCUCGCCCAACGAGACAGUGACCGGGAAGUACCUCAAGGUGCAUCUGGUCCCUGGAGAGGGGCUGGCUAUCCCCAGCAACUUCCUGCACACCGUUGAGCAUCUCCACCAGGACCGCCUGGGUGUGAACUACUUCUUUGAGCCCAAGUUUGGGGAGAUGCAGUGGCCCAAUGGGCCCAAGGGGAACUGGUACGCAGAGAUCGCCAAGAGCAACAAGGAGCAUUUGGCCAUGCGUGCCUUGUGGUUCAAGUCGGUGGGCCUCUUGUGGGAGAAGCACCGCAAGGGCAUCGCCAUGCACGGCUGGAAGAUGGAGGUUCUUUGA